AUGUCUUCCCAACUCCCCUUCGUCUCCCAAGCUGGUCUCACGCAGCACAACUACUCUCUCUAUGCCCUGCCUGUUGGGUUUCUCCUCGCCAUGGGGCCUUUCUGGUAUGCCGUUGGGCUGAUCAGGAAGCAUGCGGGAAAGAAGGCGUUCGACCUUGCUAACCCCCGAGAGAGCUACAAGAAGCUAGGAGAGGCCAAGAUCGAUCCCAAGAUCUACCGCCGUAUCACCCGAGCGACUGCAGCGAGCGACAACACCUUCUCCAACUUGGGCUACUUUUCAGCUUCCGUCGUAGCCGGCAACCUCGCCCACCUCAGCGCCCGCACGCUCAACACUUGUGUCGCCGUCUGGAUCAUCUCCCGAAUCGCCUUUGCUUUGUUGUAUAUCAACACCGAAAAUCCCAAGAACGCGAGAUAUCGAUCUAUCGUUUUCACCGUCGGCGUUCUGGCUUGUACUACCCUCAUCAUCAAGGCUGCCAACAAGCUCAGCAGCGUCCCUUGGUGA